CCGGAUGGGAGGGCGACCGCGAUCCCCUGGCCGUCCCGGCUUCCCGCAUGGAACGCAGGGAUAAGCCGCACGUCUUCGUGCUCCAGUUCUUCGGCGACGUUCGCGCGUCGCAGGCGUCCAACCUCCGCGAGGAGGUCACCGCGGUGCUCAGAUCGGCGAAGAAGAGUCGGGGCGACGAGGUGGUGUUGGUUCUCAACACCGGCGGCGGGACCGUCACCGGCUACGGGCUCGCCGCCGCGCAGCUCACCCGGCUCAAGGACGCGGGCAUCAAGCUGACCAUCUGCGUGGAGCAGGUGGCGGCGAGCGGUGGGUACAUGAUGGCGUGCACCGCCGACAGACUCGUCGCGUCUCCGUUCGCCGUGCUCGGGUCCAUCGGCGUCAUCUCCGAGAUACCCAACGUGUACGAGCGACUGAAGAAGGAAGGGGUGGAGUUCCAGACGGUCACCGCGGGCAAGUUUAAGCGAACGCUCACCCCGACGAAGAAGAUCGAGAAGGCUGACGUGGAGAAGUCCAAGGCUGACAUCGAGGACGUCCUCACGCUGUUCAAGACGUUCGUAAAGCAGCAGCGCCCCAAGCUGGUCAUCGACGAGGUCGCCACCGGUGAGACCUGGUUCGGCGCCGACGCCCUGAAACGCGACCUCUGCGACGAGCUGAAGACCACUGACGACGUCCUCCUCGAGCUCCUCGCCGCGGGUCGCGAGAUUUUCAGCGUCAAGUAUCGUCCCCCGCAGAGCGGUCCCGCCGCGCUCCUCGCGGGCGGCGGCGGCGGCGACGACGACGCGCGGAUGGGCGCGUCCGCGAACGGCGGCGGCGGCGGCUGGGGCGCGCUCCGCGCGGCGGCGCUCGGCGUGGCGACCUUCGCGCAGGCCGCGGGUGGUUUGCCCGGGUCGGUCGGUCUACCCUUUUCCGGAAGCUACCCCGGGUCGUCGUUUGGAACCGGCGAGGCGCUCGCGGUGGACGGCGCGGAUGCGGCUGGUAAGGUGAUGGCGCGCGGCGGUCGGUACCUGGGCGAGGAGGACUACGUCGGCGGCGGUAUCUUCUCGGCCGUCGACGACGAGGACGAGGUCUACUUUUAAACCUACUUUUAAACCUACUUUUAAACGCGUCUUC